UUGCGACGGAAGGAAGUAGUGGCGAUCCAGUCCUCCACCUCGCAGCGCGCGCGCGCGCGCGGGUCUCUCCCCGACCCCUCGAUCUAUUUAUACCACGACCAUCCCCUGACCACACUUACGUGAGCGUCACCACCGCGCAAACACGCAACCCCACCAGAGACCGGCGAGCCUCGAUCGUCCCUUUGGUUCGCGGCGAGCCGAGGCCCGGGCGCGAAGAUGUCGUGGCAGACGUACGUGGACGACCACCUGAUGUGCGAGAUCGAGGGCCACCACCUCACCUCUGCCGCCAUCAUCGGGCACGACGGCACCGUCUGGGCUCAGAGCGCCGCCUUCCCGUCGUUCAAGCCCGAGGAAAUGGCCAACAUCAUGAAGGACUUCGACGAGCCCGGGUUCCUCGCCCCGACCGGCCUCUUCCUCGGCCCCACCAAGUAUAUGGUCAUCCAAGGCGAGCCCGGCGCCGUCAUCCGCGGAAAGAAGGGAUCGGGAGGCGUCACCGUGAAGAAGACCGGACAGGCGCUGGUGAUCGGCAUCUACGACGAGCCGAUGACCCCCGGGCAGUGCAACAUGGUGGUCGAGAGGCUCGGCGACUACCUCGUAGAGCAAGGCCUGUAAAACCGAUCCAUCUCCCGUACGUCCACGGUUCAAGCAGCCAACCGCGACACAACCACCAGCACGUAGUAGUCUCUAUGCCUUAAUUUUUAGUCGCCGUCACGCAUGGGAUUGCGGUUUCCCGCACUUCUUUCCUCCCUGGCCCCGCCCGUCGCCGAUCACCCAGAGAUUUUCUUCUUCCCUUCCCCCCCCCCCCCCUGUUUGUUGGUGUCGUUUUGGCAAAUAAUUUUGUGAAUUUGUUUUCCAUUUGGGUUGUCGUCUGAGUUGUGAACCCGGAACAAUAUAUAUGUGUUUGGCAUGCUUUACUUGUAAUACGAGAAUACAUAUGUAUUUCCUACAGUCUCAUCCAAUUUUCCAAAGCGCAGCGCGAAAAUAAGGGGGAAACUACUUGAUAUUGAUUUGGACUUUUA